GGCGGAACUGAAGGGGACCUGUGAUUGUGAAUUGCCAAUCUUCCGAAGCAAGCUUCUUUCUCUGACGCUGACAGAUACACACAUCAGCUCUCACAGCCUCCCCAGUCCCUCCCAACCCCAUUCGUCUACUGUGAGCACCUAUAAAGAAGAAAGAAGCCGGUCUUAGGGCUUCAAAACUUACCGCCAAUUUCACCGCCCUCCACACUCUGAUCCUGUAACUCCCUUUGCUAUGCUAAUCGAGGAAUUAAGUCCCGGCGCUCCUAUGGCCGCCGUUGAAAAGCCCGGACCCCCGCUGAUCUCUUCACAGCCUUCCUCGGCUUCUCGUCCCACUCCCAACGGCGGCGACGACGACGCUUCUCCCAAGAAGCCGCUGAGCAAACGGGAGUUCAUCCUCUCCGUCGCCUCUAAUCUCUCUUCUCAGACCCUCUCCAACCCUGACCCUAAUGUCUGGGGGGUUCUCACUGCCAUUUCAGAUAACGCCCGCAAACGGCACCAGGGGAUGAACAUUGUCUUGACUGGGGAUGUACACUGCUUUGGCCGAUCGGUAGAAGACAAGCGUUUUCGAAUUGAAUCAAAUGCGGUUAGUGGAAAUCACUGCAGAAUAUAUAGGAAAAGAGUCUUGGGAGAAGAUUCGAACCGUCCCUUCAUGGCUGUUUUUCUCAAAGAUACUAGCACCAACGGGACCUAUCUUAACUGGGAAAAGUUGACUAAGGGCGGCCCUGAAGCUAAAAUCCAACAUGGGGACAUCGUAUCAUUUGCUGCUACUCCUCAGCAUGAGCUUGCCUUUGCCUUUGUAUAUCGUGAAGUACUGAAUCCCAUGCCCACGGUGAACAGUGCAAAUGCAAAAAGAAAAGCAGAAGAAGUUCAUGGGGAAUGUAAGAGAAUUAAAGGUCUUGGCAUUGGCGCUCCUGAUGGUCCUAUAUCUCUUGACGAUUUCAAAAGUCUUCAGCGGUCUAACACGGAACUGAGGAAGCACGUUGAAGGCCAUGUUCUUACAAUUGACUCAUUACAGAAAGAACUUCGGUCAACCAUGGAGCGUCAUGAAAAUGAAAUGAAAGAGGUGAAAGAAUUUACUGCAAAUUCAUACAUUGAUCAACUGAAGAAACUGCAGGAUACGUUGGAAGUGGAACGCAAUGAGAGGAGUGAGGUCAGUAGAAUAUCAGCUGAUCGACAACGCACCUUAGAAGACCUUGAUGAAAGACUUGCAGCAUCCAGGCAUUCAUGUAAAGAAGCAAAUGAAAUAAUGAAAAGCCAAAAGGCAUCCAUAGCUGAGCUUGAAGCGCAACUGGAAGAAGAACGAGAUCAGAGAAAAGAAGAGCGACUAAAGGGCGCUUCAGAUUUAAAGGUGGCAGUUCAGAAAGUUCAAUCUGAAGCUCAAGAAGAAAUCAAGGCAUUAUCUGAUACUGCUGCACAUCGGGAAAAAGAGCUUCAAGAAGAAAUCAAUAAGCUUCAAGAAAGAGAGAAGAAGUGGUGCUCACAGGUUGAAAGUUUGAGGCCCAAACUGGAGGAAGCAAGACAAAAGUCAGUCAUAUCUGAUAAAAGAAUUCGCCAACUGGAAGCUCAAAUUUCUGAAGAGCAGAUUACGUCUGCAAAUGGAAGAAAGAGGAUAGACGAACUUGAGCAAGAAUUGAGAAGAUCGAGAAAGGAGCUGGACAGUGAAAAGCAGGCUGCUCGAGAGGAAGCAUGGGCUAAAGUAUCAGCCCUCGAACUUGAGAUAAACUCGGCUGUGCAUGACCUUGACUUUGAGAGGCGGAGAUUAAAAGGUGCUAGAGAAAGAAUUAUGCUCAGGGAAACACAGCUGAGAGCAUUUUACUCUACAACUGAGGAGAUAUCUGUACUCUUUGCUAAGCAGCAACAACAACUGAAGGCGAUGCAGAAGACUCUGGAAGACGAGGAGGAUUACGAAACUGGGUCACUAGAUCUUGACAUAAAUAAUGUACUACAUGAUGGGCACCAAGAUGAUGUGGUAGCAGACAAGCAAUCUCGUUAUCACAAUGGAAUAAAUGCUAGGGGUUCUGAUAGAAAUCGAGCUGCUAGCUCUGAUGAUGAAGCAAGCGCAACUGAAAAGCACGACUGUGAUAUCAGAAGUCAAGGUGGUGAUGACCAGAAUACACAAGGUGAAGAGUUCACAAGUGGUGAUUGUCAAGUCAAGGGUGGCUUUGGCUCCAAUAUUGAUGUUGACGUUGACACUGCACCAGCUCUUGAUGGUGACCCCAUUGGUACGGAGCAAGUUCUUGAAACUGAGAGCCCUGUAAUUAGUAAGAUCGGCUCUUUAGCUGCUGGGGAUACAAUGCAGCUUGAUGACGAGGACCCCCAAGUACAAGAAACUGAUGAGAGAGUGGAACCCAUCCCUGAAGAUGAGAAGAGAAUGGAUGAUGAUACGGAAGUAGGAGGGACAAUUAGGACAGCAGACCUCAUCACCUCGGAAGUGGCGGGUAGCUGGGCUCAAAGUACAGCUCCUUCUGUCCAGGGGGAGAAUGGGUCCCAACAAAGUAGAUACCACAACGAAGAUGAGGAACAAGGUGUUGGAGCAGCAGGAGUUCGUGAAUCCGUUGGCCACGUGGCAGAGAGUCAAAGCACACCACCUUCAAAUGCUGCUGCUGCAGUCGCAAAGCAGAAUGAACGUGAAUAUCAAGCAUUGACCGAGAUGAUUGGAAUUGUUGCUCCUGAUCUGAAGGAGCAAUUUGUUGCCCACGGCUCUGUGAAUGAUGAUAUGGAGAAGGAAGAAAGGCGGGAUUUGUUGUCAAAUUCCGAUACUGAGUGUUGCAGCGAUACCGAGAAUGACGAUGGUGGCAAAGGUGGAUGUGUGUUGGAUUCAGAGACAGAGGACAGCGAUGAACAUGGGGAGGAGGACAGAAAACCUGGUGACGUUUCUAUGGAUGAAGAUGAUGAGACGCAGGUAGACUCCGUUUCGUAGCAUGACUUUCCGUAUUCUCUUCAGAGUUCAGACCCAAUUCGCCGGUCAUCAUUGCUUCCUUUAUGUAUCUUUAAUCAUCACUAGAGUCCAUACCCGCGGCUACGCCAGGAUAACUAAAUUUGCAGCAGCAUAUGAUCAUAUGGCGGGCAGUUCAGUUGAUGGCAAAUUGGGUUCGUUGUAUUAUUAUCAGUGGUCCGGGUUUCAGGGUAUUGGUAGUGUGGUUUGCGGACCUACAACAUAACAUUAUCGUAUGUAUAGUAGAAAUGUAGGUUUCUGUCAUUGAUGAACAAAAUGCUUAUCUACCUGGGGUAGCUGAAUUUCUUUUCGUCUGCUGUCUCUGUUUCUAUCGGGUAUAAUGUUUACAUGUAUGGGAUUUCCGGGGAAUCAGAUUUCAGGUGCCAAAAUUGGAGUACUUGAUCAUUAUCCACGGAGAAGCAUGAGGAUUGUGAUAUCUGGGACACAUGAUGAAGCUAAUGUUGCCACACAGCUUAGUUCAAGACUCCAUCUGAUUGCUCAAUUAUUGCAUCCCGUCGGUUCCUUCUUGUCUACCAAUUCGACGCUUCAGCUGCCACUUCUUUUACUCUUGUAUGCUGUUGUUUUGGACACUGUAAAUGAAGUAAUGAUGCAGCCAUUCUCAAAACAUCAAAGAUUCUUUGCAGAGAGAUGUUAUAUAUUGUAUAACGGUAUAUGCACUAAUAUCUCUUUAUAUAACUGUAUAAUUUAGGGGCUGAAAAUUCCCCGACCGUAGUCAGACCCGUAUCUGAAGGGUCAAUAUAUAUAACUGAUCCGUCUUGCUUUGCCC